AUGGCGUCUCAACACAGGAAGUCACGCGAGUCCCGCCCCGAGAUGUCUAUCGGUCGCUACACGCGACUCGAUGAAAUCGGGCGAGGCAGCUUUGCAACAGUCUAUCAAGGCGUUCAUACGAAAUCGAGAACCUUUGUAGCUAUCAAGUCCGUGAAUUUGUCGAAGCUGAACAAGAAGCUCAAAGACAACCUUUCAUCCGAGAUUGAUAUCCUCAAAGGCCUUCAUCAUCCUCAUAUCGUUGCCUUGAUCGACUGCCAUGAAUCCACCUCCCACAUUCAUUUGGUUAUGGAAUACUGUGCCCUGGGGGACUUGUCGCUGUUUAUCAAGCGCCGCGAUACUCUUGGAUCACAUAGAUACACCAAGGAUAUGAUCUCUAAAUAUCCCAAUCCUCCUGGUGGUUCUCUGAAUGAGGUGGUGACCCGGCACUUCCUCAAGCAGCUGUCAAGUGCGCUGAAGUUCCUUCGCGACCGAAACCUCAUUCAUCGAGAUAUCAAACCCCAAAACCUCCUGCUAUGUCCAUCGCCUUCAUCAUAUCGUACUGGGGCAGCCCAGGUCAUUCCAUUCAAGGGGAGCCAAGAUUCAUUUGAACCCACGACUGGUCUUGAAUCUCUCCCAAUGCUAAAAAUCGCAGACUUUGGCUUUGCUCGAUCUUUACCAGCGACUUCACUGGCAGAGACUCUUUGUGGGUCUCCAUUGUAUAUGGCGCCUGAAAUUCUCCGAUAUGAAAAGUACGAUGCUAAGGCCGAUUUGUGGUCGGUAGGUACCGUUCUUUAUGAGAUGGUUGUGGGUCGACCUCCGUUUAGAGCCUCAAAUCAUGUCGAGCUGCUGCGCAAAAUCGAGAAAGGGGAAGAUCGAAUUCGUUUCCCCGAAGAAAAUCCAGCCUCGGACGACAUCAAGAAGCUGAUUAGGGGUCUCUUGAAGCGGAAUCCGGUAGAGCGACUCAACUUCCCUGAGUUCUUUAGCAACAACGUGAUCAAUGAUCCCAUCCCUGGGCUACUAGCUGAUGACGUUUCGGGCGUCCCUCAAUCACCGCGACCCGCUCAGCUUGAAGGAAGGGCCGAGGCGUCCCCUUAUGACACCGGGUCCGAUGAGAAAACACCAUAUCCUACCAGCCAUCGACCUGCCGUAGUACAUCGGAAGUCAGAAACUCCACCAACCUCGUCGCCUCUUCGCCGGAUGGGAAGCACAGACCGACCUGGCUUGGCUACCGCCAGGGAGCAGCAGCGUGGAGCCACGCCUCCUCAACGACCCAGUCCUGUGAGCCUUGCCACGGCCCCAGGUCGCCAAGAACUCACCGAACGAAACGCAACUACAGCGGCCAUGGAGCGACAGAGGAGUCGUAAUACCUUUUCAUGCUCUCCCAAAACCACCGACUCGGCUGUUCGCUCCCGGGAGGAGCGGGAUCGUGCUGCGCAGGAAGUAGCAUUCGAAAGGGACUAUGUUGUGGUUGAAAAGCGCGCUGUGGAAGUCAACGCUUUUGCAGAUGAGCUCGCUCAUAGCCCACGACUUCAAGGUGGGCUCUCAAGACCAGGGCAUGCUGGCCCUGGAUCUCGCCGCGCAACAACUCAAGCCAUUCCCACAGCCUCACCCUCCUCCCCCCACUCAAAUGCAAGUAAAGCUAUUCAAGUCAUCCCGGGUCGUACACGAGCAGAUUCCACCCAUCAACGCCAACAUUCUUAUGAGCGACGCUAUGGACAAAGUCCUACAUCGGCGACGUCGGCCAUCUCUAAAGCUCUCAACAAGGCCAGCGGUCGUCUCUUUGGAAUGGGAUUUUCUCCUCCACUCGCCAUCACCAAAGGUGGACGUUCUCCGCCGCUGGCCUAUAACCCCUUCCCCGCGUAUCCUCCCACGCAUGCCAGUCUUUUAAUAACGGGCGAUGGUGCCAAAACAAAUAUUGCAGUUGAUGAAGAUUGCAAGGCAGUCCAGGCCAUUGAAGAGUGUGCUACUCGCAGUGACGUUGUCUUUGGCUUUGCGGAAGUCAAAUACAAGCAGCUUGUCCCGCUAGCCCCCUCUGCGCCGACUGACCCAUCUGCCAGACCCGUUGACCCCAGUAAUAACCAGGAUUCUGCAGACUCUGACGAUGGACUCACAGUAGACGCCAUUGUCACUCUAUCCGAGGAAGCUUUGGUGCUGUAUGUCAAGGCAUUGUCAUUGCUUGCAAAAUCCAUGGAUAUCGCUGGGGCAUGGUGGUCGCGCAAGAACAGAGAAGAGGUAUACGGUGAGUCGCCAGGCAAAGACAUGAGUGCCGUUGCGGGUACCCGAAUCAACUAUGUUGUGCAGUGGGUACGCAGCCGGUUCAACGAGGUUAUUGAGAAGGCCGAGUUCGUGCGCCUCAAACUCAUCGAGGGCCAAAGGCGGCUGCCGCCUGACCAUCCAAGCCACCCAGAUAAUCAUUCCAUCGGCCCCAUCGCCGGCUCAAGCUCAUCUGCAGACGUAGUCGUCAGUCCCGGUGUUACCGCAGAAAGACUUAUGUACGAUCGUGCACUCGAAAUGAGCCGCGCUGCUGCCAUCAACGAACUGACUGGUGAAGACCUCGCCAACUGUGAAAUCACCUACGUCACGGCAAUUCGGAUGCUCGAAGCUGUUCUCGAAGACGAUGGAACACGGUCCACGCCGAGUGGCAGUGAGCGCCAGAGCGGCUCCCAACCUGGUGACAAAAUUGUUUUGGACGACCUCCAAGUGGAGGAUCGCCAGGUCGUUGUCAAACGUGAGUUCAAUCCCAACUCACCCGACACAACCGAUCAAUACUCACACUGUGAUAUAGUUGUUUCAAGCAUGCGUGGUCGCUUAGCAUCCGUCCGCAAGAAGCUGGCUGUGUUGUCAAAACGAUCUUCCGUGUCCACCCCGGUUGGCAGUGCGGGCAAGAUGCCGCCAUCUACUAUCUCCCCCAUCUCAACUACAGGCAUCACACCACCCCGAUGA